CCGGUCAAAAGCGGCGGUGAGCCGAGCAACUGUUGGAACUCACAUCGAGUGCAAUCACAUUCAGCUGGUUGGCCAAGUCGUCCGCGGAAGCGUCAAAAGCGGACUUCAGCAAAGCUAAUCCAACGGCACCGAUGUCAGCACCCACGAGGACACUGUGUUGUCCACCUCCGCUCCGGAAUUCGGUCCUGCCCGGGACGAGGACAUUUUACGCAGCUGCAUCGACAUGGGGAUCUGGAGCAGCCAUUGAAUGUCGGUAUCGGCCAUCCCACCCUUUACCAACAAAGACACAUGCGCGAAAUCUAUCCACAACCCCGCGACGGACCUUUCCCCGACCAUCCACGCCUAGAAAUGGUCUUGCAACCGUCCAAGAUUCCAAGGUCCCGAUAGAACCGCUACCAGUGGUCUGGUUCACCGCGCACCCACCAUUAUUAUCUCCCAACCCGAGCAACAAACCACCAGACGAAAGAAAAGUGAAGCUCGGCAAAACCCUGCGCAUCCUCCAAGAACGCCUCCCAACCCUCCUCCAGUCCCCCUUGCCGCAAGAGGUGCUCUCGCCGCACAUCACGCUGCACCUAUUCCCCUCGACGCACCCACACCUGCCGACGGUGACGGGGCGGGUGGCGUACAUCGCGGCGCUGUGGUCGAGCCCGAUCGCGUGGAACCGCGUGCCGCUGGUGGGCAACGUGCGCCUGGAGAUCCUCUCGGAGCGCAUGGUCGACCACCCGAUCUACCCGACCCUACCGGGGGGCAGGCGGCCGGAGGGCGCGUGCAGCGAGCAGCUGAUCGUGCGGUGGCGGACGGUUGGCGGCGGCGGGAGCAGGAUCGUCAAGGGUCUGCUGAGCUUCGUGGGGAACGGGAAUGGUAGAGGGAAGGGCAAUGGGCAAGGAGAAGGACCGAAAGGGGUGGUGGCGGGGAGUGGGAUACAGGGGAAGGAUGGCGAGGAAAAGGAGGGAGGAAGCGUGAAGUCGGAGGCGGGUGGGACUGAGGUGAAAGCGCCGGUGGGGAUGGCACAGCCUGCGGGAACGAGCAAUAAGGAGUUCACUGGGCUGUUUAUCUUCGACUUCGAUGGGGAAGGGAGGAUUUUAAGCCAUACCAUUGAGCACGUGCAGGAGGGCGGGCAGUGGGAAAAGGGGGUAGGUGCUAAGGUGGUGGGUUUGACGGAUUGGUUGUUGGGCGGGAUUAAAGGGGCCGAUGCACCGUGUCCUGCUUUUGCACGGGCGAGGUGGCGGAAGGGGAGGGAAUGACCUCCCCGGCAAGGGAGCGUCAGUCAGUAGAGUUCUACGCCCAAGCGUUGUACAACAGACGUGUUUGGUUUUCCAGCCUGGGAGGCGCUCUCAGAACGACAUGGCGCUGGAGAACGGCGGCGGAGCCAAUGAUGCAUGUUCGGCGCUAGGAGUUUUGGUUGGGUUUGAUACAUUUGACGGACAGGCAUUGUAUU